UAAUUAAUGCAAUAACACGUAUGUAUAUAUAUUCCCUGUAUGAUAAAAACACCACGGAAGUAAAUUUUAGUUUGUACAUUAUAGAAUGACGUGUCUGAUAAAUACUUGUGUGUAGAUAAAUAAUGGAUUAGAUUACAGAUAAAAAAUUAAGAGGAAAUCAACAGACUGAACAGAAAGAAAACCAAAGUAUCUAUUAGAAAGAGCAUACAUCUAACGUUAUGUGGGGAAGAAAACAAGUGAAAAAUAUGCUGUAGAUCACUACAGAUGAUGACAUAUAAAGAUUUGAUGAACACAAUUAUUCAACCUUAAACACAUUGUUAUUAUUUGAAAACUUGAGAAUGAAUAAAGUGAAGCCAGAAAAGAAAGGGCCAGGAAAAAUAAAAAAUCUCCCCGGCCGACCUAGGAGUAAGUUAAAGAAAACAAAAGAACUAAAUCGUUUUAAUUUGGACAUAUCUGAAUUCAAGACGCUCAACGUUGUUUCAUCUGAUUCAGUGCUGCGUAGACGCUGUCCAAACUAUUUUGCCAAAUGUCCCCGCGUAACAUUGAGCCGAAUAAACACAAAUCAUUCAAACAAUCAGAGUAGAAACGCUUUUGAUAUUUUUGAUGCGAAAAUACAAGGACUGGAUAACAACAAAUAUUCAGCUCCUGAAAACAUCAAAGGAAACAUCAAUGGAGACGUUUCAACGGAAACCGUGAAAUCCAACAAUACGACUCUCAAAAUACAGGAAGGAAAUUCAUCUGAAAGUGUACAAAUCAGAGAAAAUCAGAUUGCUCUUUCAAAUAAUAUUGUCACAGAACUAGAUGUCACAAAUUUAAAAUUGACAUUUAAGAAUUUAAUCAAUCAUAAAUCAUCGUCUGUAUCAGCGGGUGAUGAAAUAUCGUCAUGUGAGCAGUCAGGUGAAUCAAUGCAACCUGUAUUGAGCUCGGAUGAAGUAUCUGUAACUGAUAAAACUAAAGAUAUAGACAUGCUUUACGAUGAUAAUCAAAAUAAAAAUGCAGGUAAAGAAAAUGAUUCAUGUUUAAGUGAAAAACAAAACAACAACAAUGCGACACGUGUAUCAUCAAAUGACACGUCCUUAAGUGAAACAUAUGGGAAUUAUUCGAAAGACAAUAUCAUAAAUCAUUCGGAUAAGUUAGCAAAUUUACAGGAGGACAAACAAAGUGAAACAAAUGAAAACUGCGAACAACCUAUACUUUCCGAGAUAACAACAAACACGCCGUCUCCAACUGUACAUUCCAGUUCCCCACCAGUGUUAUUAGCAGUAGAUUCGGUUGAAACUCAAUCAAGCAUUGAAGACGUUCCUUAUAUGUGUACUAACUCUAAGGCGGAUGAGGAACUACCACAAACUGUUGCAUCAAAACUUCAAAAUAAUGAGCAAAUAUCUGAAAUCGAAUUAAAUCAGAAAGAGGUCGAUAAAGAUCUUCAAUGUACAACACUCAAUAUUUACGUAGUUGAAGAAAACAUAUCCCGAGGUCAAGAUACUAUAACCGAGGCAAUAGCGCCUUUAGAAAAAGAUUCUGAAAUAAGCAGCGUUAGAACUAAUGAUGUGUCUAGUGAAAAACCUGAAUGCAGGGUACCAGUUGUUUUAGAAAAUCAGACUGGUAGUACUUCAAAUCAAAAUCAAGAGAUAUCAGCACCACCAAAUUGUCAGUUGGAUGAACUACCGCAAAGGUCCUUACCUAAACUAUCAAAGAACGACAAGAAACAAUCAAUAAUAAAGAAAGAACACGAAGAAAUAAUAAUAAUGAGAAAACCGCUGUAUCAGCACGAUGGUUACGAUAGCGAUGCAACAAUGAUUUACGAUGAGGAAGAAGAUAAAUGUGCUAGGAUUGUAUGUAGAAAAGGUUCGGAUUUUGAUCCCCUUAAAAUCAAACAGACCCAACAACUUUUAAGACUAAAAAGUAAAAUAGAACAAUCAGCCGAAAACCGAAAUGAAAUAGUAAAAACACCAGAGACAAUGGAAUGUCUUGAGAGCCUAUACCCACCAUUCCGCGGAGAAAACCGCGAUAAUUCAGAUGAUUUAUCUAAUAAGGCGUCAUCAGACAUAGAUGAAAAUCAUCUCUUUAUUGCUGAACCGUGUGAGACUGUUGAUAACGUAAGUCGAGUUUCUAAAAUACACAACUCUGACAAGAAAAAAGACAAACAUUUUAAGCCAAUCAAUAAAAUUCGCAUUGCCUUGAAGCAAAAAGAGGAAAAACAUGAACAUUCAAAAUACCAAAUUCAAAAGAAUGAGAAACAACACAAUGGUGGUAUUAAACCUGCAGCAAACAAAUGGGAAGAAGUAAUGACCAGUUGUGAUGCUGUGAUUUUAACAGAUAUGACCAUAUCACGUGGCAUAGCAAAAAAACAUUCUGAGAAGACAAAUAAGAAAAAUAAAUCAGCAUCACCAAAAACGAAAAAAACUGAGAGGAAGAGAAAACACGAUACUCAGGAUGACAUGGUUUUGAAAAACAUAAAUAAAAUCUUUCCAAAACCGAGGCGGAAAAGGACAAAAGACGAAGAUGACCUACCAAAAAUAUUGCCCCCUAAACGUAGACGGCAAGAAAAGGGAAACCUAAUGGUGGAUUCUAAAAGUGAUAUGGACAGAAUUAAACAAGAGUUCCCUCAAUUUAAUUGGUUGGAAAAGAAAUACAAGGACCAAAAUACUACUUAUGACGACAAAAAAGAUACCAAUGUAAUAGACAUUAGUAAUAUUGAAAAGACAUUGGAAGUUUGUAACACUGAUACUGUAAAUCCUCCUGAUAAUACUCAUCAGGAUGUUUACAGAAAUCCACAAGAAACUAUCCGACAGAAUGAACAUUCCAUUCCUCCUGAAACUACCCAGCCGUAUCUACUUAAUACAGUAGUUGAAGACCACGGUGCACCUGUACUCUCAAAUAUAGAAGACAACGACCAAAAUGAUAGUUCUAGCCUAUCACUUGCAAGCAACAAUGAAAAGUCAGACAACAACUCAACGACAGAGAGUAUUCCAAAUCUUGAGUCGAAUACAGAUGUUCAGAUGACGGUCAUUGAGCAUGAAGUCGAAGAUUCUGAAGUUACACCGGUGGUGAUGAAUGAAGAUUUUGAAAAUUUUGGAGCAGAUGUAGAUACCGUUGAAGUAAAUAGCAUCACAACAACAUUAGUCCCAAGUUGCUACAUUGAAUCAGAAAUAUGCUUAGACCAUGUCAUGGAUCAGAGCACCCAAAUAAUUACUACAGAACCGAGUAAUGAUGCUGACAAAGGUUAUGAAAAAUCGAUUAACAUGGAUGACGAUGUCAUUUCUGGUUCAAUCAAUUUCAUUAUGCAAUCAGACGAAACUCCAUCAAACCUACUGAAUCAAGAUAACGAUAUAGUUUUUAAUACAAAUGAUGUUCCUGAUAGUUUAAAAGAAGUAGACCAAUCGAGUAUUUCGACUAAUAAAAUAGUUGGAACUGACAUUACAAACGGGUCCAUUAAUGAAAAUAAUUCAAAUAAGGGAGAAGCUAUGCAACAACUAGAACCAACCAUUCCUACCACUACUGCCGUUAUAUCAACAGGUGUAUUAGGCGUUACUAAAAACACAAAUAGCACAACUUCAAUAGCUACAAAUUGCAAUGAGGGAUUGACAGAAAAUUCCAGGAAUUUAUCAAAUGAACCUUCGAGUCAUUUAUUAUUAUCUGCUCAAAUACCGACAGACCUAAAUACCGAGUCCUCUUGUAUAUCAACAUGCCAGUCAAUGGAAACUGUAGCAUCAAGGUAUUCACCUUCAGUUGAUAGCAAUCAACCACAAGAACGCAUUCCAGACAAUAUUGCUUCACAAGAACCUGUUACCAAAAAGCAGCGAACAAAUGAAAUAACAUCUCCAAAAACAAACGAUUAUCAUAAGAAUAUUCCUCCGUUGGUUCCAGUGUCCUCUGUUUCUAAAACAAAUAGACCGUUGUUUAGUAAAUCACGCUUAUUAGGACCAGAAGUGGAAGCAACAUAUAAUGAUAUCAAACAGUUGAAACAUGAACUUGAAAUGAGAAAUCGCGAAGCAGGACAAAUGAUGCUGUUACUGAAGGAAAAAGAAGAAAUGUUGCGUAAUUUGCUCUUAUCAUCUCCUCUUGGGCCAAAUAAACGUCCAACACCUGCUACUGGAAUGAAUCUAACGAACCGUGGUAAUGUGUCUAGUAAUGAUGCACAAUUACAAGUAAUACAAAACAAUUGCAAAGCUGCGGCGUCAAAAGUGUUUACUUCAUAUGGUCAAAAGAAUAAAGUUCCACCUCCUGCGCAUUCGUGUAAAAGAGAAGACACGAAAGAAAUACUAAGGACGCUUGAGAUCAAUUCGAGAACAGUUCCUAAUAACCUUCGACCGACCGGCCCUUUUUCUUCUCGACAACGUCCAUUGUCACCUCCAACUCGAUUUAAAGGAGCUUCUAUGUCUGGCCCGUUAACGGCUGCACAUGCACAAAAACCGUUUGAGGUACCAGGAAAAUUAAUAACUGUAAAGAAUGAGAGGUCAAAAAGUCAAGGUAGUGAAGUCGUUAGCAUAUCUGAUAUCAGUACUUCAAGAGCUCUAUCAGCUCCUGCUAGAGAUAGUCAUCUAGGUUCCCCCAUAAAUUUGCAACAGCAAUUUGGCAAACCUUGUAAUUUAACCACGAAUACCCCCAUACAGUCAAGUUUUCAAUCAGCUGUGUCUCCUACACAAGUGCAGCAGCACAUAGUUGCUACUCCUCAGACUAGACCUCAGCAUAUAAAUAGCAGCAUACCAGCCACUAAGCAGACAAAAGCGGUGGCCAAAUGUAGUAAAAUUACUGAAAAUGCCAUACAACAAGAAUUGGGUGAAGCUAUAAGACGUCGUCAAAAACAGGAACGAUUAGAACAGGAUUAUCAGCAGUUCAAAAUAGCAAAACCAACAAUGAUGAAUAAUUCGCAAAAACCAAAUAGCAUACCGAAACCUUCUUUUGCAGAUACUACUAACUUUGAAAUGCACAAGAACAAACUUAUGUUAGAAAAUGGUCCAGGAAUAGUUCCUGCAGCUCGACCAAGCAUGCACACUCUUUCAAAAACAGGAAAUCCUCCACAAUAUCCAAGCGGUCAAUUGUUAACUGUACUACAGAGAUCUCCACAUCCUGGGGAAGUCAAUGCCCGACCUAAUAAUCCUGUAUCAUCCACAAGACCAUCUAUAAAUCCUGCUCACCUACCACAUAGUGUUCGGCUAAUCGGUGCAGCUACAGUGCCAUCAAAUCAAGUAAUCAGAGGCAAUGAUCCAAGAAGAACUAUUCCAAAUAUAUAUCAAACACCACAGAUGCAUUAUCAGCAUUCCCCGGUCGCUGUAUCAAAUAAUGCACCGAGAGUUCAGAAUAUCCAUAUGCAGCCUGGAAUGCUUCCUCAAAAUCCGAUGUCCCAACGACCGUAUCACGAAGGUCCGAAAUCAUUUCAUUCCCCGCCAGCACAGUUCCAGACAGCACAACAUAUACAAAACCAACAAAUAUUAGUUCCUGUUUCUGCACAUCAACAAAUGGUACAUCAACCACCAGGGUCUGCUGCAAGAUUUCAACAGGGCGCAAUGCAAGAAAAUGGAUACCCAAAAAGACGACUUGCGCAUAUCCUACCGAAACCGAAUCCAUCUCCAAAGGCAAAAGUACAACAAAUAAUUCAGCAGCAGCAACAACAGAUACAACAGCAACAACAGCAACACCAGCAGCAGCUACAGCAGGAAAAUUGCGGUCCAGACAUGUCGAAUACCAAGGCCCAAGGGAUGAUAUCCAAUUCACAACAAGUAGUCCACGGCAGCGGUAUGCCACAACAGGGAAAUUGCGGUCCGGACAUGUCGAAUACCAAGGCCCAAGGGAUGAUAUCCAAUUCACAACAAGUAGUCCACGGCAGCGGUAUGCCACAACAGGAAGCAGGUUCCAAGGCCCAACAUAUUUUUGGUAACUGCAUAAUGUGUGGAAAGUUUAGUUUGUACCUCUGUUCAACAUGCCAGAGCAUUUGGUAUUGCUCCCAACAAUGCCAGCUAAAACACUGGACUACACAUCAACAUGAAUGUAAAUACACAACAACGAAAUGACAUUUAACGUUAUAAGUAUUCAUGUAAAUAUCCUUCAUCGAAAUUUGUGCCAUUUUUUAUAAUGUGUGUUCUAUUCAUAUAUCUUUUUUACAUGUUUUAAUUGUACAUAUAUAUUUUUCUACAAACCGCGUUUAAUACAUGUAAUAAUUAUUAUGCAUAUGUUUUCCAAGAACGUAUGAUUACAUUCCUAUGCAAUGCGAAUGUUAAGGAUGUUCUUAGAUGAGGUUUUGGAAUUUGUGUCAGAUUAUCGAGUUCUUUGGUGUUUUUCCUUACGAUACAAGGUAACAUAUCUUGCCCCAAAACACCUUUACAUCUUUAAAUAUAAGACUAAAUAUAAGGUCAUUUGACAACAUUGAAGUAGACUCCUAAUUGUUUUUCUCUUGAUUUUAGACCCAAAUAAUACCAAUGUAGAUAUAAGUUAAAAGUCUGAGUUACCCAUGUUAGCCUUUUACCGCAUUAUUUUAAAAGUGAAAUGUCCCGUAAAGGAGCUCCAUGUAUUAUCAACAUUUUUAACUUAUUUUGCUUCUUUAAAAAUACUUUUCCAACUUAAAGUAUCAAUUUUAAAUUCUUGAUUUAUCUAAUUUCACCAAACAUUACCUUACUACAUCCUUAAAGCAGAAAUGGUUGUUAAUAAUAUUUUGUCUAUAAUCUCAUUCCUUCAUUUUGUGAUCAUGUUUAUCAUUUAACAUCAGUUAAAUAACUUUUUCGGGUAAUAAUUGUAAGAUACUAUACUUAAAUUCAACUAUCACUGCCAUGUAUAUACUUGUAUACUUGAUUUGUGUUAUAGUAGUAACUCACGCUGUGCUAAUUGGAAUAUAAAAUAUACCAGAAAAGCGAAUUCAAAUCAAACAAAUUAGAGAAAGGACUGUUAUUCAUUGAAUUCAUACAUGUUUUUGUAAAUAAAAAUAUGUUAUUACUUACAUACACUUAAUGACACAAAUAAACCGUUCAGUAGAGUUAUACUUACAAUUUCAAAGAAGAGAGAGGUGCAUUUGGCAUUACUGAAUAUAUUAGUCGAGCUUAAAAUUGCAACUCCCUUCAUGAAAGUUUAGAUUUAAGUUCUGUUAAGAUCGUUUUACUUUGAUGUCUCAAAAUGUUUUAUUCCUUAAACUUCUACUCGCUUCGAGCUUAACAUUAGUUUCAAAAUGUUUCAUUAUCAACGCUUUUAUGUGUUUGGUCUCAUGUGUGAAAGCUGGUAAAGUUUGUAUUAUAAUGUUAUAUUGUUUAAACGAAGAGUUUUUUCCAAUUAUAUUAUGAAAGUAUCUAUUGGUUUUGAUUUUAAACGUUUGAACCUUGGACAUUUUUAAAGAGUCGGUAAGUGUCGAAAAGCACAGGGAGUGUCAUAAGAUUGUUACCAUUCAUAAAAUUAUUAUUCGAAAGAUAACAUUUCUAUACCAUUCACAGUCCAUAAAUAAGUAUUUCAUAGUGAACGCUCUAGACUAAUAUACAUUGCAGUACUUAAAGAAGAUACAAUCUAAUCAGCAGACAGUAUAUCAAACAAUGUCAGCAAUAUUUACUGGAAACCUAGGAGACCAGCUGAAAGUCACUAAUUAUUAAAAUGUCACAUAGUGUUUAUACAUUAAUACUGUCAGCAAUUAAAAUGUACAGGGUUCUAUGUUUUAUCGAGUUUGUGUCUAAGGUAAAUGUCCAGUGUCUUGUGUUGUCGUCAUUUUCGUAUUACUCUUUACAUGUAGUUGGAAUAUAAAUUUUAUAUUGCGUAAAUCCAGAACCAUAUAAUUCGUUAUAUUAUCCGUUUUGAAGACAGCUUCAUGUUUUGAAGAUUUUGAUUAUUCUAUGACAUGUCCAGGAUUUUUUUUAUGUCAGCUUCUUGUUUUGUCUCAAUUUUCGUAUUUUGUGCUUAGUGUUAAUAUUUUGUAUAUAUAUUAAUAUUUCAUAUGAUCUAACAACAUCAGUGCUUACUAAAGUUCAUGUCAUACGGUUCCAAAAGCAUGAUAUUGACAUUUCAUUUUGGUUUAAGGGAUACCAGAAGAUAAACAAUUAAACGCGAUAUUUACGUUUUCCGUUUUUCACUUCAAGGACAUCUUUUUCAUUUUGUUAAGCUACAUAGAUAUUGUAGCAUGACAUUUGAGUGAAUGCAGUUUAAAAAUGUCUGUUCUGUCACCAACAAACAAUGUUUACAAAUAAUAUAAGAUGUCUGUUAACUGUCACUGACUUUUGAUUGAAGUGUUAUACGACUAUUCAAAUAUUAACAAAGUGUAUGACAAAGAAGACAUGUAGGUGCGUACAUGUUUGCAAUUAAACGUUUAAAAGGGUGGGGUGUAUGUUUUGCUUUUGUUCUCUCGCAAGAAUAAACUCUUCGCAGACUUUUUUCAUUGAUUGUCGAGAAAAAAUGAUAUUUUUUUUUUAAACAAAUGACAAACUGAUUAAUGGUUAUGUUUUAAUAAUGAUAAUUUUCAAUAACUAGAUUGUUUAAUUACUAUUAUUUGGUUUUCUUUUUGUGUAUUUUUUUUUUAAUUUUUCACAUUUGUCAUAUGAUGAAAAUUUAUACAAUUUUAAAAUGUAAAUCAAUCUGUUUACUUGUUAUUUCUAUAGAAUAUAUAUAUACGAGUUUUAUUAACCCGGGAACAGGAAAAUAAUUUAAAUGGUCGACAAAAGUAUGCAAAAAUAACUUCUAUUUUUGUAUGAAUCAAGUGCUGUAAACAUAUUUUAAUCCAAUCGUUUCCAUAAUUGUUUUGUUGAAACAUGUGGUUUUAUCACAUAAUGUUUCUUAUCCAUUUAUUUUGAAAUCAAACAGUUUGUAUUCCUCAAUCUUUAUAAAUAUCUCUGUAGUUCGUUAAAAAAGUUGUUUGUGUUUUCUAAUAAUAUUUUAUUUAUUCAAAGCAUAGUACAUACUACCAUUGUGUUUUCGAGUCCCAUUAACAUAAAAAUCAUUCACAUAUUGUUAAUUUCCAUGAAAACAUUCCUGUUCAUUAUUGUGCCAAAUAUCAAAAUUCAGUUUAUCAUGACAUGUAGCAAACUUAUGUUUUCUCAGAAAAGGGCAUUAUUUUUAUUUGAAUUUUCGAGGUCAACAUAUUUAUUUCGUCUAACGAAAUGCUUAUUAUUUUAUGUAGAUUUUGUAAAUGAUACGCAAAUAAACCAAUUGUAUAUGC